AUGCCUGAUAUAAUUACACGUCGACGUUUAAUUUUCUUUAUUUUUGCUGUCAGUUUUGUUAUUAUAAGCAUCCUAUUCUUUGGUCGGAUAAUUCCAUCCUAUUCACCUCGAGUGUCAUUCAAACCUGAAGAUGAACAACUAACUAGCGAAUGUUAUUUAAGCGAACCAGUCGAUGUCAUUGGAUUAUGCGAGAAAUGUACAUCGUAUCAACGUCGUUCAAAAGCACAUGCUUGUUUAUCAACUGGUUACCGAGAAAUCGUCCUUUGUUCCAGAUCUAAUAUCAAAACGACUCGUUCGUGUCAAAUACCCACUCAGGUUCAACGGCAGCAUUUCUGGUUGUUCGAAGGUUUUAUGCUUGUUCUUGGAUUGUUGGCAAUAGCGUCAGUUCAAUCCAGACAGAAGACAUUGGACAAGCAAAUGGUGGAGAAAAUUAAGAAGCAGAUUGAGCUUUCUGUAUGGAGUUCUUAUCUAACAUUAGCUGAUAGUUUUAUUUGCCAACGAAAUCGUAUUACAUAUUCUAGGCGGAUCUUCAUUUUUUCUCUCUGUGAUAUCAACCACAUCAGUGGUUUUCGAACUAUGUACGGUAUAACUUAUGUGACAGCAAUCGUUCUUGGUGUUGCUCUCUGUUUCGGAGCUCCGACCAAGAAAGCCAAUACUUGUGGUUAUGAUGCAUGCAACUUAGGGGACCCUAGCAAACUGAACGUGCAUAUUGUUGCUCAUACCCAUGACGAUGUCGGAUGGUUGAAAACGGUUGAUCAAUAUUUCUACGGAGCACGAAAUAAUAUUCAACAUGCGGGUGUGCAAUAUAUUCUUGAUUCUGUCAUACAUGCCCUCGAUCAAAACCCGGAUAGACGAUUUAUCUACGUUGAAAUCGGCUUUUUCUGGCGUUGGUGGAGUCAACAAACAGAUGCUGUACGUAGCAAAGUGAAAGAUUUUGUUAACUCGGGUCGUUUGGAAUUCAUUUCCGGUGGCUGGUGCAUGAACGACGAAGCUUCUACACAUUACAAUUCUAUCAUCGAUCAACAUUCACUUGGUGCCGAGUUUUUACGCGAUCAAUUUGGGGAUUGCGGUCGACCCAAAAUUGGAUGGCAGAUCGAUCCUUUUGGACACUCAAGAGAACAAGCAUCGCUUUCUGCACAGAUGGGUUUUGAUGGUUUGUUCUUUGGUCGUGCUGACUACGAAGAUUAUCAAACACGAAACCGAACGAAAACAAUGGAGAUGGUAUGGAAAGCGAGUGCAAACUUGGGUGACAAAAGCUGGCUAUUCACUGGUGUUCUACCUAAUGGAUAUGGCCCACCAGAUUCAUUCUGUUAUGAUAUGUUCUGCGGCGAUCCACCUAUUAUGGAUGACGCACGAUUACACGAUUAUAAUGUACCAGAACGUGUUCAAACUUUUAUACGAGCAGCUCAAAACGAAGCGGUUGGCUUUGCUACAAAUCAUAUCAUCAUGACUAUGGGCAGUGAUUUUCAAUAUGAAAAUGCCAACGAAUGGUUCAAGAACAUGGACAAGCUCAUACGAUAUGUCAACGCUCAACAAGCUAAUGGAAGCAAUGUAAAUGUUUUCUACUCUACCCCAUCUUGUUAUUUGUAUGCGUUGAAUCAAGCUAAACGAGCUUGGACCUCAAAAUCAGAUGACUUCUUCCCGUAUGCUCACCAUCCACAUGGAUUCUGGACAGGUUACUUCUCCUCGCGUGCUGCUCUCAAACGAUUCGAACGCCACUCAAACAACAUCUUACAAGUUACACGACAACUCAAUGCGUUUGCCAAUACCAACCUUCGAAACUCUAUCUUUUAUCUAAGUGAAGCCAUGGGUGUUGCUCAACAUCACGAUGCAGUGAGUGGAACUGAAAAGCAAGAAGUUGCCUUCGAUUAUGCACAGCGUUUGUCCCAAGGACUCAGCUCAGGCAAUCUCGUAAUUAACCAAGCUUAUUCACGACUUUUGCCCAAAGCAGGUCAACCACCUCCAUCUGUACCCCAACUGCUAUGUCACUUGACCAACAUCAGCGAAUGUCUAACAGUUCAAGAUCAAACUCGAUUUACGGUAACAUUAUGGAACCCAACCAUUCAGCCAGUUCUUCAUCAUUUCCGUGUUCCAGUGACACGAGCAUACACAGUUCGUGAUCCGACAGGACAACCGAUUUUAUCUGAACUCAUACCUGUUUCCGAUCAAACAAAGAAGAUUCCAGGACGUACCAGUACUGCUAAUAACGACUUAGUCUUCAGAGCUAGUUUACCAGCACUCGGUUUCAACACCUACUACUUCGAAGCUAAAACUGAGGAAGAACCAGCUAAAGCACAAGUAAAGAUUACGCAUAAUGAGGAAUGUAUCCUACAAAAUCAAAACGUUCGAGUUGAAAUUGAUGCUCAAGGCAAUCUUGGACAUAUUAUUAAUCUAAAGAAGAGUCUCGCAGUAGAAUUUCAUAACCAAGGUUUCUACUGGUAUCAGAGCUUUCCCGGUAAUAAUUCACGAUCUGAAUUUCAAGCAUCUGGCGCUUAUAUUUUUCGGCCAGUGUCAGCUGAUCCUCAACCAGUCAGUACCACACGCACAAUUACUUGCAUCAAAGCCGAAAAUGUACAAUCAGCUCGUAUAGUUUUCAAUGAUUGGGCAAGUCAAGAAAUUAUUUUGUAUGAUGAGGCGGAGUACGCUGAAGUUGAAUGGACAGUCGGUCCCAUUCCUGUCAACGAUAACAUCGGCAAAGAGAUUAUUCUUCGCUAUGAUACAGAUGUUAAUAGUGGUAAUAAAUUCUAUACCGAUGCCAACGGCCGAGAAGUUCUCGAACGAACCAGAGAUUAUCGACCAACAUGGAACUAUACCGUUGUCGAAACUGUUGCUGGUAACUACUAUCCAGUGAACAGUCGCAUCUGGAUCAAAGAUCAAGAUAAACAAUUCACCAUUCUAACAGAUCGUUCCGAAGGUGGUAGCAGCAUUCACAACGGUUCAGUUGAACUUAUGCUUCAUCGACGUAUGUUGUACGAUGAUGCUCUCGGAGUAGGAGAAGCUCUGAACGAAGCUGCCUUUGGCCAAGGUUUAGUUGUUCGCGGUAGACAUGUUCUCUUUCUUGAAUCACCUGCUGCCAGUGCUGCUUAUCAUCGUAUUGGUGCUCAACGUAUGUACAUGCAUCCAGUUGCAACAUACGCAUUGAUUCCACAAUCUUAUCCCAGUUAUUCGGCAUCUUAUCGCCUAACAUGGUCGGCAUUGACUGAUACUCUACCAAUGAAUGUUCACUUGCUAACAUUAGAUCAAUUAGCACCAAAAGAAUUUUUAGUUCGCGUUGAACAUUACUUUGAAUUGAAUGAAGACGAUACUUUUUCACAUCCAGUUACAUUCAAUCUACAAUCAAUCUUUACAUCAUUAGGUAGUAUCAAGAGUAUGCAGGAAAUGACACUGGCAGCAAAUCUCGCUUUGUCUGAUUUGAACCGUCUUAAAUGGGUCACCGGAAACGAAGAAAUGUUGGACAGACAUGUUUCUAAAGAUGCAAAUGCAAAUGAUACAAAUAUCACUUUAAAUCCAAUGGAGAUUCGUACAUUCCGUGUGGAAUUGGCAUAA